CUGAUCCCAUAACUUCAACGAUUAAAUAUUUACUUUUCGAUUUCAGUGUUCCAGAAUUCAUUCUUAAAUCCUGACUAUUUUUUAUAGUUGCUACUAGUUGUCACUCGUCACUCGUCAGUCAGUUGACUCAUAAAUUGUUCACUGUGCAGUGUGCAUACUACAACGUUACAGUUUGCGUCACAUUACGCAAUAUUUUAUUAAAUUUUGAAUCCGUCCCAGUAUUUUUAGCCAGUAAAAAAAAUGAUGCCCUUAGUCAGCGAUAAAUCCAUUGCACCCGCGUUGGAGAAUAAGCCCGCCGAAGAACCAAAAAAAUUGAAAGCUUGUUGUGCUUGUCCGGACACCAAAAGAGUCAGAGAUGCUUGUAUUAUGGAAAAUGGAGAAGAAAAAUGUGGACAUCUAAUUGAAGCACAUAAGGAAUGCAUGAGAAAAAUGGGUUUUAAUAUUUGAAUAGCAAGCAUUCCUAAAGUCUGAUGUAAAUGUUUUUUUUUUUUUUUUUUUGUACAAAUUUACAUUGUAGAUACAUUAAUUUUGUCUAGUCUAUUAAAUGUAUUAAUUUAAAAACCAAACACUAUUUAAUUUACAAGUGCUUGUUUAGAUAAUAAAUAAAUUAAAUUACAAAACAAAUGAUUUUCUAUAAACUACAAUAUUUUAUUAAAAUCACUACUUGUAAUGAUGGAUUUUAAGUGUGAUUAUAUUAUAAACAUUAAAUGUAGUAACUUGUAAUAUAGGUACUAGAACAUUC